UACUAGCUUCCGGCUAUUAGCUUCUGGCUAUUAGCUUCUGGCUAUUAGCUUCUGGCUAUUAGCUUCUGGCUAUUAUUUUCUUGCUAAUAGCUUCUGGCUCAAGUCCCGCCCAUUAAAUACGCGUGGUGGUCAAGCUAGCUCUGUUCUCAAUGGGUACGAGGCGCCAUUUAGCUUUUCUCGAGGAAACAACGCCCUAUCAUUGUGUUGUUUCUGGUUUGUACGCAUCGUUGAAAUCGCAAAAAAGAUCAACGUUUCUUUAGAGUUCCUCGAGAGGCGAUCAAGAAGGGAGGAAGAGUGCAAGAUUUUACGAAAGACGACGACAAAAGUAGCUCACACUCCAGUCCAAUGGAGCAGAGUGGAAUAAUGCACCAGUUUGCAGUGAACACUUCGUUAAAGGGCCUGCACACCAGGACCAGGACUAGGACCCGACCAAGAUCUUUCUCGUCCACGUCCGUGGAGGACGCCAUGAGGAGGGCGGAGCAACCUCCCACGCCCCCUCCUCGCCCACAGAAGAGUCACUCCCGGGCGUCCUCGCUGGACCUCAACAGGCUCUUCCAGCAGGGGGCGCCAGUCCGCUCGGCGGAAAGUCCGACACGAGAUGAUCUUUGAGGAGCACCUCAGUCCUCCUCCGUGAAAGGAUGGCGGACAACUGAAGCAGGGUCCGAGGAGAAGAUUCUCCUUCUUCUUCUUCUUUUUUGUCAACAUGCCGUUCGCCAAGCGGCUGGUGGAGCCGCAGCUGCUGUGCCGGCACCAACUUUCGAACCCCGACCAGGAGACUCCGGUCCUGGAGGACCUGGCGUCCAUCAGCAACGUCUGCCUGGCCAGGACACUCCGUCAAAUGUCGGACUUGGCCAAGCACGCCUGCUCCAUCUUCCAGGAGCUCCAAGCGGACCUGGAGAGCUCCGGCGUGAGACUCCGGGGGCUGCAGAGGAAGGUGGGCCGCCUGCAGCAGACCUGCGGCGGCAUGGACCCCAGACACCAGCCCGUCCCUGUGUCCAACCUGGACGUGGAGAGCAAGCUGACAUGUCACUACAGAGCUCCUUGGCACAAGCAGAGGAACUUGUUGAGAUCCUCCACCCGACCUGCUUGUGUGCAAGACCUGCACCGCCUGGCACACCUGCACCAAGACCAUCAGAGCAGACCAUCGUCCAGCAGGGAGCGCCGUGUCACCAUCUCCAUCUCUGCUCUACCACCCAUGUCCAUCUACCCAUCUACACUUGUUGCACGCAGGAAAGGAAAGAAGGGUGCACGCUGGACAUCGUUCCAAAGCAACAAGCGCUCCUCUUCUCCCACCGACUGUUGUCACUUCUCCCCCUGGAACACAAAGGCCACGCCCUCUGACUCCGCCCACUGUGAGGGGGCGUCGCUGGGUGAGCGCUCCAAGAGUCCCAUCCCCAACAGGCCGAGCACGCUGGACAAGCAGACCAACUGGUCCUGCGCCCUGCCGCUGCCCACACCCCAGGAGAGGAUGAAGUCCCGAGUCAUCAACUCUUGUCUCGUCCCAAUUAAUGUCACCGGCGUGGCCUUCGACAGAGAGGCGAGUGUGCGCUGCUCGCUGGGCCACGCUCAGUCUGUGCUGCAGAGGAGGAGGAAGCUGAAGAGGCGCAGGACGGUGGCCGGUGUGCCUCGACACGUGCAGCUGGACUUAGACUCUGAUGACUCUCCAGGGUCCAGAGAGCGCACGGUGAUCGUCCACGCCACCUUGGACAUCACCCCUUUCAAUGAGGUCCCGGACGGCCAUCUUGGCACCAGAGACUCAGGCUGCCAGACGGAGGACUUCCUGAUCUCAGGCGCGCCCUCCCGCAGGAGAAUCCGCGCCCAGCGGGGUCACCAGGUGGUGGCGCUCUCUCAGUCGGCAGGCAACAUCGCCGCCCUGCAGGACAGCCCGGACGACAUGUUCGCCGCCGCCAUGGCCACCCGACUGCGCUUCCACAGUCUGCCCCGGGACGGAAGCGGGGUGACGGAGAACGGCCAAAGCGACGAGGAGGAGGCGGAGCUUUCCAAAUUCAACGUGGGAGACUUCUUGCAAGAAAGUGGCGAGAUGAUUCUGAAGGAUGUCGAUGAGGAAGAGAGCGCCGGUGACCGAGUGGGGUCCGAGCGCCUGAAGUACAAGCAGCUGUCGGAGACCCCAGAGCGGGACUGGAUGCAGAGGACCAGGUCUCAGCUGCCCAGGAAGGCAGACAUGGGUUGCUGCGACAUGUCGUCCAGCUCGGACACCUUCAGCAGCCCGGUGCACUCCGUCUCAGCCGCCGGGGUCCUGGGAGGUCAGAUGGACCACAAAGACGACCACCAGUCCUCCAGUGGGAACUGGAGUGGUAGCAGCUCCACGUGCCCCUCCCAGACCUCAGAGACUCUCCCGCCGGCAGCCUCGCCGCCGCUCACCGGCUCCUCGCACUGCGACUCUGAGCUCUCUUUGAACGCCGUCACUCACGGCAACGAGGACCCGGCCAUGCUGGACCCCUACGCGGGCCUCAGGACCCAGAGAGCGGGCUCCUUCUCUUCCGCAGCCAUGGACAUUUUAGAGGAAGCGGGAAUCAGCACCCCUGUGGACGGGGAAUGGAACUACAGCGACCCGCAUCCUCCCGGCACUCAGGACUUCAGCCCUGAGCCCAGCAGGGAGGCCGGAAGCAGCCUGGGCUGCCCCAGUUUCACCAGCAUGGCCACGUGCGAGAGCAGCUUCUCAGACAAGCCACCGUCGGAGAAGGCGGACACGGUCUCGCACUACUCCGAGGACACUGAAGGGUACUACACCUCCAUGCACUUUGACUGUGGGCUCCAAGGCAGCAGGAGCUUCACCUAUAAUUACGCAGCCUCCGGCUCUGACUCCGGUCUGUCGGACUUCAGCCGCCACAUGACUCUCGGAGAGUCCAGAAGACGCUGCCUCUCUUUGAGGAAGCCAAAGGUGAAGCCGUGUCCGCCCAAGCGCAGCUCGUCACUUCGGAAAAUAUGCAGCGAGGGAAACAUCCCCGUCCUGAGAGAACCAAAGAUCAGCUGUGGGCAGCAGCUUCCACGGUCCAAGGAGAAGAACCUGCAGCUCCUUUUGUCCGCGUCUGCAGGUCACAUCGCAAACUCCUCACCAGCCAAAGAGCCCAGCAGGGCCUGGGGGUUGGAGGGCUCCUUGGACCUGCCCGACUUGGGCGUGUUCAGCUCAGCGGACGCACACUCGUUCAAAGACCAGGGUGCGGUGCAGGCCGACUACGCAGACUUCUGGCUCCUGAACGAUUUGAAGUCCAGCGAUCCCUACAGAUCUUUAUCCAACUCCAGCACGGCCACGGGCACCACGGUCAUCGAGUGCAUCAAGUCGCAGGAGAGCUCCGAGUCGCAGGAGUCGGGCUCCAGGGCCACCACCCCUUCGCUUCCAUCCGUGGAGGGAGACUUCAAGCUGACGUCGCCAGAGAGGCUGGCAGGCUUGGCGAGUCCUUCCAGCGGAUACUCCAGUCAGUCAGAAACGCCCACCUCUUCUCUCCCUGCUGCCUUCUUCCCCGGGCCGCUGUCGCCUUCUAGCGGUAAAAGGAAACCCAAGGUGCCGGAGAGGAAGUCGUCGCUGGCGUCACUGUCCACUGCAUCCAAGCGCCAUCUGGAGUUGCCCACAAUCCCGCCCUCGCACCUGGACUUAAGUGCCUUUCCCAGCGCCAGCAGCAAAGCUCCAAGUCACUGGACUCUUCAGCAAGAUAGGCCAACAGAGUCGCCUGAACCGGAAACCUUUACCGGGCCGUCCAUGAACAUCACCCCGGAUGUGCUGCACUCGGUUCAGCUGCGGUCCGUCAGCAAGGAACACGACGAUGAAGACCCCAACUCUGACUGUCCCACUGAGGACUUCAGCAGCGCUCCGGCCUGGUUGGAGAGUCCACACAUGGCGGGUGAGCCGGCGUCGCCCUCUGCCAAGGACCUGGGUCACGGUGACACCCGCGAGUCUUCCGAGGAGAACGUCUCGCCUUCAACGCCGCGGUGGGAGUCGUCCCCUCCUGACGACCAAUCAACAGAAGUCAUCCAGUCUUCCUCGCCACCGCCUGGAGAAGAAGAUCUCUUCCCACUCAAGUCCAGUCAAGUCACGGCUCUGCACCAUGCUGCACCUGCGCCUCACCCGCAGGUGAGUCCGGGCAGCGAGGAAGGCAGCGAGGAAGGCAGCGAGGAAGGCAGCGAGGAGGCGGAGUCAACAGGUGAGGGUCCCCAAAGUGCCUGUCAGGACAGCAGAGAGGAGGAAGACAUGACGACCGAAGACCUCUUCAGCGAAGCACACGUGACAAGCAGCCAGUCUUCCGCCUCCCAGCUGAGUGAUGAGUCGCGGUCGGACGAUGAGGUUUUUCUCUCGCCAACCAAGACUCGGACCACCGACGACCUCUUUGCUAUGAUACACAGGUCUAAGAGGAAAGUGUUGGGCCGGAAGGAUUCGUCGGGCGUGUCGCCCUCGAGCAGCGCCGCCGGCUCCCCGGGCCCGUCGGCCCCGCCCCCCGCCGCCACGUCGCCGUCCCCGCAGAAGGCCCCGGGCCCCAUCUACAGGAGCGCCAAGAAGUCCAGCACCUCCAGCGAGGAGUUCAAGCUGCUGCUGCUGAAGAAGGGCAGUCGCUCAGAGUCCAGCUACCGCAUGUCGGCCAGCGAGAUCCUGAAGAGUCCCGGCGCCAUGAAAGCCGGGGACUUAGCGGACGAGGACGUGUCCAAGGUCUACCCCAAAGCCAACACCGAGGGCUUCUCCCCCAGGUCCUUCCUUUCCCCGCCGUCCUCCCGCCACGCCCGCUCCAGGACGCCGCCGGCCGCGGGCAGCAGCCGCUACGGCGCCCGCAGCCGCCUGCCCUCGGCGCCCAUGCAGGCCAUCUCCGAGGGCGAGGCGGAGAACUCGGACGGGGGUCCCGCCGGCCAACCCUCGCCCGACUCCCAGUAGCGGGGAAAGCCCACGUAUUCUGUGAAUACCAGCGAGUACUACUGCAGUACUUCCCUUUCAAAAGUCACACUAAACUAGUUUUUCAAGCGGGGGAAAAAAGCCAAGUCGAGACGAGAAAGUAAAAGUUGUGAGUCGGCAAGUUGCCAAUAAAGAAGAAGGCUAAAAUGCUGAUAGUGAUGAUGAGCCUGUGCUUUGACGUGUUUUUAUCAAAGAGGCGAGUGGAAAGUGGACGAGGCGGCGGGAAUCGAACGCGAGAUCUUCACCUCUGCUUUUGUUUUGAAGGCGAGUUAGUGUUUUCUGGCGCCUCCUUCUGGUCAACGUGUGUAUUUAUUUUUGUACUCUCUUUUGGUCUUUGAAAUACCAAAAAGUGUUUGGAGCCCCCGGCUGCGUGUUAAUGCGCCUUUUAGAGAAGACUUUUAUGCAAAUGACCGCUUUAUACUGGAUCUGUUUUUGACCUUCAAGCUAACAGGCUAACAGGCUAACAGGCUCAAACUGUAUUCUCGUUGUUUUUUCUAGCACUGAUCAGUGAAUUCUUCUUCAAAGUUCACCUUUCACGGACUCCAACGUGCGAAUGAAUCGUACUACUUCAGCUUGUCCUUGUUGUUGACAUGAACUGUCGUCUGGUAUUUAUUUGGGAGUCAACACUAGCGUCGCUACACGCUCAGCUAAACGUGUCCCAAAAAAGGUCAAUAAAU